GGUCAGCUCUGCAUUGCUACAAAUGCAGCUUCACCAUUUUCGAUCUCCCCUGCAUCACCAAAAAUGUUACCUGCCAAGCUGAUGAGGUUUGUGCAACCAUCAAAGGGUCAGCAGCUGGCCACAAUUUAAUCAAGAGGAAGGGUUGCGUCCCCGAGAAAAACUGCAACACAACCUCCACUGAGUCAUACCUAAGUGUCAAAUACACCACCACUUAUUACUGCUGUGACGGAGACGCAUGCAACUCGGCCACCACGCUGUCCUCUGCUCACCUUUCCCUAUCCAUGGCACUGGCCAUGCUGGGCUUCUGGUUUACUCAGCUGCUCUAAACACUCUCCCCCCACCCCCAAUCAAAGAGAGGGAGCAACU